AUGUGUCUCCAGAUCAGCUACACUUUGACGUGCGAACACGUUAAGACGCAAAUGAUCUAUUGCGCCGACGCCAUUCCCGUCGCCUCAUCGUCGUCUUCUUCAUCAAGCAAGAAAGAACACAAGAGCCACAAGAAAGACAGCAGUUCCAGCAAGAAAAAGAAGAGCGCGUCGUCUUCAUCGUCUUCUUCAUCCUCGCAUCGCCAGCCUAGGAUGAUUCCCUGUGACAAUCUCACACAACAGUCUCUACCAUAUCCGACGCCACCUAGUUUUACAUGUGACCCCCAGACGGCGGCUACGUCGCUGCUGGCACCCAAAUGUCCUCUGACGGAUUGUCCUUUUGAGGCCAAAGACCGUUGCUGGAACUGCUGCUGGUGCGGGAAGGGCUGGAAUGAGCGCGGCCGCUGUAGCUGCAUAAUGAUUAUCGAGGGCAACAGAGUUCAGUGCGAGCACAUCUGCUGUUCUGGAUGCGAAGCUGCGAAGCGGUGA